AUGAGCAUCCCCAGACUGGAGCUGACAGCAGCACUAUUGUUGGUACGUCUUGCCCACUAUGUCAAAAAAGUGUUAAGUAUUGAAUCUGCACCAUUGUGGUUAUGGACAGAUUCUCGUGUGGCUCUCACGUGGAUCCAAAAUCAACCAUUUAAGUGGAAAGACUUUGUUUGUAAUAGAGUUACUACUAUUCAGGAACUAGAACCAUCAGCUCAAUGGAGAUUCGUUCCCGGCAAAGAUAAUCCAGCUGACUGUGCUUCUCGUGGAUUAUGCCCUAAAGCCCUCAAAACACAUACGUUAUGGUGGUCAGGUCCCUCUUGGCUUGCAGAAGACUCUACAAAAUGGCCUACAACUUCUCAUGAACCUGCUAAGGAAGCAGUAUCUGAACUUAAUCGGCAGAAGUCCUCAAAUGUAGUUUGUUCAUACUCUGAACCUGAGUUACUGAGUCGCUACUCUGAUCUUAAUAAACUAUUGCGUAUUACAUCAUGGUGUAAACGGUUUAUAAAUCGUCUCAAAGGGAAUCAUGAUACUGCGUAUACUCCAUACUUAACUCCAAAAGAGUUGAAUGAUUCUCUCUUAUUCUGGACAGGGUUUUUCCAAAACCAAGCGUUCAUAGAAGAAUUUAAACUGCUAAAAAUGAACAAGCCUGUACAUCAGUCCAGUAAACUUUACAACUUCAAUCCAUUUUUUGAUCAUGACAAACUCAUCAGAGUUGGCGGAAGGCUUCAAAAUGCAUCUAUUGAGUAUGAUACAAAACAUCCUUUCAUUCUCCCAAAAGAUUCCCUCUUAUCAAAACUAAUCAUCAACGAUGCUCAUAUUCGCACACUUCACAGUGGAACUACCAACACUCUAUCAAAAGUAAGACAGCGCUUUUGGAUUCUUGGAGGCCGUCCAACUGUAAAGAAAGAAUUAUCACGCUGUGUUAUUUGUGCUAGAUAUAGAAGUGAACAAGCUCAACAGCUCAUGGGACAGUUGCCCCAUCAAGAGUCACCCCUUCACGUCCAUUUCUACAUUCAGGAGUUGAUUAUGCUGGACCUAUCAUUAUUAAAACUUGGCAUGGAAGAGCAGCGAAAACAUACAAAGGAUACAUAG